AUGCUACAAGAACUACCUAAAUCCAUCGUGGAUUAUUUUGAUACAAACUGGCAUGAAUCUAGAGAAGAAUGGUCUUUGUCGAAUAAGUACAUGACACGCAGCCUCUUAAAUACGACGAAUAACCGGAUUGAAUCCAUGAAUGCGAAGAUAAAGCAGAUUGUCAAUCGUUACUCAAAACUGGAACAAUUUGUUGAAGAGUUUAUGACAUUUAUUGCAUGCCAGCAUGUGGAGCAUGACAGAAAAGCUGCCCAUCAGUUUCAUAAAACACCGGUCAUACUAUUUCCUGACGAUUCUCCUGAGAAACAAUACGCUGACUUUCUGACUGCUUAUGCAUAUAAAUUCAUUUUGAAAGAGCUGCGUGCUGCUCAAUAUAUUGAUAUAGACAGUGCUAAAGACUAUUCAAGAGGAGGAAUUUUUAAAAUAGGUUCGCCAAUUCAAUCGACAUCAGCGUCAAAUUGUACUUGUAUCAGGAAAGUUUCAAUGGAACUUCCUUGCCGUCAUAUGUUCGCUGUUCGCACAGAAUUGAACAUGGAUCUCUUUGAUGCUGAUCUUUGUUAUAAACGAUGGCAGAAGGCAUACUAUUUCAAGACACAACGAGUUUUUUUAUCGACAGAAAAUGACUUCGAACAACCAGUGCGUAUCACGGAAUCUCGUGUAUAUCAGAAAAAAAUAUUGGCGCAACAUGAGAAGUUUAGAAAUAUGACUGCUGCCCUUAAACCUUUGGCACAGUUAGGGUCCGAAGUUAGUGGAGAUCGCUAUUUACUACGUAUGAAAAACAUAGUAGAUAUGCAAACAGCUUGGGAAGACAAUGAGGACGUUGUGGUACUGAAAAUUAGUCAAUUCAACGAACUAAAGGGCAGUAAUGGAGAUGAGAAUCUUGUUGAUGUUGAUGGAGAAAGAAACUGUAGAUCUGAGAGUCCGGAUAGACCUGAUACAGACGAUAGAACUGAUCGAUCUGAUCCAGGCGAUGGACCUGAUAGAUCUGAUUCAGGUGAAGAGUCUGAUACACACAUCAAUUCUUCGACUCCAGGCACAUCAAAAAUUGUAGAAGAUUAUUCAAGUGACGAGCAAACUACAUUGAUAAGCCGGAAAAGAAAACGCUUUAGUUUCCUUGAUGAGUCAUCUUCUGAAGUAGAAGAUAACGUUGGUGCUCCUGGACCUUCAUCUCUAAAGAAUAUUUUACGCGAAAUAAAAGUAUUGCCGGUAUUUAAACCACGAGGACGUCCUAAAGGAUAUAAAAACACAGUCAUUGGUUUACCCCGCAAACCACAAGUGUAUGGGCCAAAGAUAUUUAGAAAAAAGACAAAUGUGGAAAAAUGUUCUACAAUAUUAAAAUGGUUAGUUACCGAUGAUUUGGCAGAACGAGCACUAUUAGGGUAUCAUUUAAUUGAUGAAGACGAGAUCGAAACGAUGCCUCAAGAAAUUACAAAUGCAAUUAUCGAUGAUAACGUAAAUAUAUUAAUUACGAAAAAAUAUUUUACGCCCGAUGGAUGGAAACUCGUUCAAAACAUCAUUCGAUCAAAAAAAUCACAAGUCUGGGAAUGUUCACAGUGCAACAUAGAUCUAGAGAGAACAGUUGAUGCUGAUGUGGAAAAUAGACCACCUGAGAAGAUUUCAAUUGGCUGUGAUUAUUGUCUCCUUUGGUAUCAUUUGCACUGUGUUGGAUUGGAACAACUCCCCAAGCAAAAAAAUUGGAUGUGCCAAAGAUGCCGAAAAAAAUGA